AUGGGACUUAAUAAUCCAAUACCAAGAAGUUUGAAAAGUGAAUCAAAGUAUGUAUGAAUUACGAAUCUGCCAUCAAUAAUGGUGGAGUUUAGAUGGUGGAGCUAAUGGUGUUAUAUAACAAGUGAUGUGCUAACCGAUUUCUAGGAAAGCUGCUAAAGUUCUUGCUUCAUUUGUAAAGCCUAAUCAAUUUGCUGGUGCAGACCAAGUCAUUCCCCCAAACGUUUUGAAAAAUGCUAAAGGAUUGGCAGUUAUUACUGUAUUGAAGGCAGGAUUCUUGUUUUCUGGUAGAGCGGGUUCUGGUGUUAUAGUUGCUAGACUUCCAGAUGGUAGUUGGUCGGCACCAUCAGCAAUCGUCACAGCCGGAGCUGGGGUUGGGGGACAAAUUGGUGCCGAGAUCACUGAUUUUGUCUUUAUUUUAA